AUGGCCUUCAUCUUACUUUAUGUUGACGACAUUUUGCUCAUCACCUCCUCAAAUGCAUUACGUGGUCAGUUUAGGGGAUUACUCUCUAAUGAGUUCGCAAUGAAAGAUUUGGGUCCGAUUAGUUACUUUCUUGGUGUAUCGGUCACCAAUUACCCCAAGUCGCUAUUUUUAUCUCAAGCAAAAUACGCCAUGGAAAUAAUAGAACGAGCAGGUCUAGCCGAUUGUAACCCGGCUGCAACCCCGGUGGACACUCAACAAAAACUUAGCAGGAAUUCUGGUACUCCUGUGGCUGACAUCACCGAGUAUCUCCGGCUGGUGGGCGCCUUACAAUACAUCACCUUCACGCGACCUGACAUUUCUUACGCCAUUCAGCAAGUGUAUAUGCAUAUGCACGCCCCAACCACAACACACAUGCAUGCUCUAAAACGUAUAGUUUGGUAUGUGAAAGGAACUUUAUCAUUUUGGCUUCAUUUACAUGCUUCAUCACUUAGCUCGCUAAUCUCAUACACGGAUGUGGACUGGGGGUUGUCCCGAUACAUGUCGCUAGACAUCCGGAUAUUGUGUAUACAUGGGCGACAACUUCCCCUCGUGGUCGUCAAAGAGACAACCAACCAUAUCACGUUCUAG